AUUUAAUUCUGCGAAUUGAGACAAUUAUACUUCCCGCGAUCUUGAAUUCAACGCCAUCGUCGUGCGGCGCAUCAGCUCCUGCAAUCAGGUAGAUUGGAGACGACCAAUCAGCUGCUCGUAUCCACGAAUCAGCCUCCAAAUCAGAGCCUUUAUCUUCACGACACUGGUCUUGUAUACCCCUGGCAAGCAACAUCACGAUUUACGGUAUCCUGCAUGCAUUGCCAUUCGCGCCCCAAGCGGCUGUGCAGUAGAUCAACGUGUCCUCCGUAGGCCUCUUCCUUAGCCUCACUACCGCGCUAUUCAAUGCCCUCGCCAAGGAGUGGCUCCGUGGUACACGCGUCGAGAUCUGUUGCCUUGGACACCGCGUUAGAACGUGCCUGCGCAUCGGGGACCCUUCGAACCGCGGGUGGUGCGGAACGUAGGGGCGACAGUCGUAGGGAUACCUGCGUCGCUCGAAACCAAGACGACCUCUGCCUCGCGGGCAUAGUCAUUCUCCUGUGGACCCUCGACGACAUCGUCACUAUCGCGAUCGCCGCCGUCAUCUCUGCCUUCGUCAUCCUGUCCAUCGCUUCCCGUCGUCGCCCUCUUCGGCCUUCGUGGGCCCGCCUCUCAGGUUAUAUCCUGAUGGUGCGCCUUUGCUCUACCAUUGGAGAAGUAUCAAGAGAUGUGUGCGAUCCAUCUUCUGCUGGCAAAUUGUGCUCUGCGGCUCAGGCGCGCUUUCUCCUCUUGCACCGAGACAGGGAGUCCAGAUCACAGUCCCGGCGUCUUUUAUGUCUAGUAUCCAUCGGAGUCUCGAAGCCUCGACUCUGCAGUCUUGCAGACUUCUCUAAAAACGACCCCCAUGUUGUGACUAGAAGUGCAAUUUCUGCAGUACCCUAUCUCCCCGAUCCUCGCACGGACUACAGCCGUAAACCCCUGCGGCCACGCAUGACGGGCUGUCGCUCCGGAUGUAUUGGCUCAACGUGGCCUCAAGUAUGGAGUGAACACGGGCGUGAAAUGAACAUCUCUCUCUUCUACGCUAUUCGAUAGCUCUCGCGACGCGACAUUGUAAACCCGCCGGUGCAGGUUGCCGACAUCGCUGUCUAGAAGACGUACGAAGUCGCGAACGCGACUUCGCGUCGUGAGGAUCGGGAUGCAAGGAUUGGGAGGACGAGCAGCGGGUGCGCCAGCUCUAGCUUCAGGGCAGCGGCCUCUUCUGCUACACUAUACAUGCCUUGCCACCUUCCCCCACCAUCGCCUACUACUUCGGGCAAGCGCUCUACAACAGUGCGCGUUUGGAGCAGCCGCCGCCGCCAUCGAAGCUGCUCAUGCCCCACCUCCUGCGCCACUUGCCCGGCAACAACAUUUAACCAUCUUUACCGUUCUACGCGCAGGUCGCCGCGAAAGACGAUCUGAAUGGGCUCAGGAUCGUGGGCCAGUACUCGGCCAUGGACAGCAAGCGCCGCUGGUCGUCGGCACGAUCAAAAGCCUCGUGCACGUCCUCACGGGCCAUGAGAUGUUUGGGACGACAUACUGACAGGAGACGAAACUGUUCAUGGGGAGCAGCGGGCUCAUUUCGGUUCUAGGGAUAGGCAUUCGUGGCCACCGCGCGUGGAUCGCAUACGCCACGCUCCCGAAGAGCGGAUUGUUGACGGAAGAGUACGCGCAAGUAUACAGACCCAUCACCGAAGAGCUCGUCAAAGACUACGUACGCUAUUGACGGCAUCCCGGGGCAGACGCGCCAAUAUUGUCGGCAACACCAUCAACAUGGUCGUCGUGCUGUGGGCCGCAUUUUAUUUGGUCAGUUGUCAU